CCUCUAUGAUAAGAUAAUUAAGUACGGCAUCUUUUGGAUUUUUGAUGGAGAAUACACAUCCUCACAUUUGUAGAACAGCUGCACGAGAAAGGCCUAAAUCGUCCCUUAAGGGUGUCCCCAGUGCGCAAGGCUCGCUGUUUCUGUGACGAUUGGGGAUGGCCGCGUUUCUACGCGGCCUUCUUCCUCACAGAAAUUCAUCCUUUUCUGUGAGGAGACUGUUUCCACAGCUCAAACUCUUGACCUUCAAGUCCGAAAUGAGCAAACCUUAUUGUUGCAAAUGCUUGCCCUUAGAUUGUUCUUGAAAACUUGAGGAAAAAUGUUGUUUAUCAAGAAGAAUGGAGUAAUAUGAUGAAAAACAGAAGGUUCUAAUUCCAGUUGUGGAUUUGUAGAACAUCAUGAAAUUCUUAGUCAAUUCCAUUGGAAUAAUGCCUGAUCAUAGUUAUUCUGCAGCAAUUCCCACUUGAGGAUAGAUGCAUUCUUAUACCAAGGCUAAAUAUAAUUGAUGAUUGAUGGUCAUUUGGUUGGCAAAAUAUGUUUAUGAAUUUUAUUAUGGAUAUGGUCCUUGAAAUUUGUACAAUUUACUUGUCUCUCUGAGAGCUGUCUGCCAAUGCUUUGGUCACAGAAAUUGCAGCAGGAGAUACAAGAAAACCCAAGUUCUCAUCCUUUUGAUGAGAUAAUUUACUGCAACAUUGGAAAUCCUCAAUCUCUAGGUCAGCAGCCAAUUAAUUUCUUCCUAGAGGUUCUUGCACUAUGUGACCAUCCAGCCAUUUUGGACAGUAGUGAAACACAAGGCUUAUUUAGUACGGAUGCCAUAGAACGAGCUUGGAACGUCCUGGAUCAAAUUCCAGGGAGAGCAACUGGUGCAUAUAGUCACAGCCAGGGAAUCAAAGGGUUGGGUGACACUAUUGCUGCUAGCAUCGAAGAAAGAGGUGGUUUUCCUGCUGAUCCAAAUGAUAUUUUCUUGACGGAUGGUGCCAGUCCAGCGGUCCAUAUGAUGAUGCAGUUAUUGAUAAGAUCGGAGAAGGAUGGAAUUCUAUGUCCCAUUCCUCAGUAUCUUCUGUACUCAGCUUCAAUUGCACUUCAUGGUGGCACACUUGUUCCCUAUUAUCUUGACGAAGCAACAGGGUGGGGCUUGAAUAUUUCCGACCUGAAGAAGCAAUUAGAAGCUACCAAGUCCAAAGGCAUUACUGUCAGAGCCUUGGUUGUAAUAAAUCCUGGCAACCCAACAGGGCAGGUUCUGGCCGAGGAUAACCAGCGAGCACUCAUUGAAUUUUGCAAGAAGGAAGGACUUGUUCUUCUGGCAGAUGAAGUAUACCAGGAAAACAUUUAUGUUCCUGACAAAAAGUUUCACUCCUUCAAGAAAAUUUCCAAGUCUAUGGGGUAUGGUGAGAAGGACAUAUCAUUGGUAUCUUUUCAGUCGGUCUCUAAGGGUUAUUAUGGGGAAUGUGGGAAAAGAGGAGGUUACAUGGAGGUCACUGGCUUUUCUCCUGAGAAAAGGGAACAAAUCUACAAAGUGGCAUCUGUGAAUCUUUGUUCAAAUAUCUCUGGUCAAAUUCUUGCCAGCCUAGUAAUGAGCCCUCCCAAGAUUGGAGAUGAGUCCUAUGAAACCUAUUCUGCAGAAAAAAAUGACAUCCUUUCAUCCCUAGCAAGGCGUGCAAAGACAUUAGAAGAUGCACAGAAUAGUUUAGAGGGUAUAUCAUGCAACAAAGCAGAAGGAGCAAUGUAUCUUUUUCCUCGUCUUCACCUGCCUCAGAAAGCAAUAGAGGCAGCAGAAGCAGCUCCAGAUGCAUUUUAUUGUUGCCGCCUCCGCAAUGCCACCGGAAUUGUUGUUGUCCCAGGAUCUGGCUUUGGUCAGGAUGAAGCAAGAAAGCUGUCUUCUACAAUUAAUUAAGGGCAUAAAUCGAAGACGUUGGAUUACCCAUUAUUGUUGCUCAAAAUCAUGGGCCAACUAUGGAGUCUAGAGGAUGUUUCAUGUGCACUUGGCCCAACAAUCAAAUAGAAUCCAACAUAAGACAAGCCCAAGCCCAAGCUCAAUCCCAACACAAGGAAGGCCCAAGCCUAAGCCCAAGCCCAAGCCCAAGCUCAAGCCCAACACAAAGAAGACCCAAAGCCCAAAAAUAUGAAAAGCCCAAGUCCCACAAAUAGGAUGACAUCAUCGCUUACAUCAUGGGAUAGGAUGACAUCAUCGCUUACAUCAUGGGAUAAGAUGACAUCAUUGCUUACAUCAUGGUUAAAAUGACAUCAUUGCUUACAUCAUCAAUUAGAUAUUUUGUAUUAUUAAAUUAUAUAAUUAAGUGGUUUCCAUUACAUCUUUUAGCCUAUAAAUAGAGCACUUAGGUGCACUUGUAAGAGAGGAUUAUUCUUGAAUGAAAUUUUAGUUGUUUUAAUUGCUCUUGUUCUCUUUUA